AGAUCAGUGUGUUGUUGAGGGAAGUGUGUCUAACGUUUGCUAGAUGGCCGUCAAUGGUAGUAGCAGCGCACAUGUACGGAACGACGUUGACAAAACUAAUCUCGUAAUGUAGCUAUUUUAGCUAUUUAGUGGAUUUAAAAUGGCAGAAACGUUAACUUCAACACGAGGAGGAUUUCUGGACUUCAGUCCAGUGCGGAGAGACGUCGCAAAUAAGGAGAAUGAUGUCCCUGUGUUGAGUUUGAUCCAGUUUUCAAAGGCUCCUUUUGUGACAUUUGGGACAGUGAAGUUGGGGACUUCCAGGUCGGCUGUUCUUCGUAUCGAAAACCCUACAGAGGGUGUAGAAGCGGACGUUACAAUUGAGAGGAUCCCCUCUAAUAAAGGCUUCUCUGCGGACUACAAUAACUUCACGAUUCAGUCUGAGGACUCAUUCAGUUUGACGAUAACCUGGACCCCAACAGAAGAAGGUGGAAUCAGGGAGCUCAUCAUUUUCAACGCCAAUGGGGUCCUCAAGCACCAGGCUGUUCUGCUGGGGAGAGCAGAGGCACCAAAGAAGAAAAAGAAAAGCUUAUGGGACACAAUCAAAAACAAAAGAGAUGGUGAGAAAGUAACCGGACCAAGGAGGAAGAAAACAGAACAGCCGCUAAAGAUGGCAGCCAAUAAAACCUUCCAAGUGUCCCGAAAGCCGCAGUACAAACGGGAGAAGCCCCGCAGCCCACUUGCCUCUCUCAAUGAGGGCAAAACUGUGAGAGAGCGUUCCCUUACGAAGAGCACUCUCGCUGAUGACCUCCCUAAGAAAUCAGAUGAGCAGGAGACCUUAGAACCCACCCAGAGACGAUCUCUGGCCCUAUCGGACCAGGAGAACAUCCAUCAUGUUCAGAGGAACUCUCCUCUUGUCCUGCUUGUCCCCACUGCCAGGCUGAUGGACUCAUCAGAUGCCUUGUCAGACAAACCUGAAAACAAAGAUCUGACCAGAAUGCUUAACCGGACAUUGUCACCCAUCGGGACCCCAGAGAGGUUUAGGAAGCGAAUGCCUCACAUUCAGACAGAGAGCCCAGCUGCUCUAAAGUCUGCAGCUGGUGCUGAAAACUAUGACAGUGUCUUAUCAGGAACCCCAGGUCUGUCUCUGAAGGAUGCUCUUGCCCUCAUCGACUCUGAUCUGAGUCAGUUGAACACAAGUCCUCGAGACACCAGUUCUAGCUGUGGCUUUUCAGAUUCUCUGGAAUCGAAGAGUGGCUGCAGACCUGAGCUAAACAUCUUACCUGACAGCCCACCUGUGUUGGAGUCCAAUGAACCAAGACUUACGUUUUUCGUUAGUAAAGUGGAGGAUGUUCCAGAAGUUGAAAUGUCAACAGAGAGAAUGAAAAAAGCUUCUUUUACCUCAGCCACUGUGAUUAAAAGCAAAGCACCAGAGGAGGCAAACUGUUCAAGUGGAAGGAAAAUAAAGAAAUCAAGGCGAAGGAUCUUGGAAAAAACAUUGGAGCUUUCAGACAGCAGCGGAAAGUCUGAGUCUGGACCAGGAACUCCAAGUCUUCCUGUUAUAGAACUAAACCCAGGAACCACUGAGGAGCAAAGCUCUGAGACUGCCGGCUCCCUGUUAGAUGGCAGAAACCAAACCCUGAUUCUUACCUCCUGCAGCCCACCUCUACGUCUCGAUGGCUCGCCCGUACCCAUUACUUUCCCAGUCACCUCUCCUCCAUCUCUGUCUCCUGCUCGCUUCUCCUUCUCAGCCACUUCUCCAGCUCCCAUCGCUUUGACUGUCAAAUCUCCAUCACCUUUGAGCUCAUCCUCUCCUCUUCACCACACCACCACAUCCGCCCGUGACCUGUAUGAUCUGUCUCCAACUGUCUUGGCGCCUCCGUGCGUUCAGGAAGACCCAUUUCCCAUUCACAUGGCAACGAAGAGGAAGAGUGAGGAGUUUUUGAGAAGCGACGGAAAGAUUCAGGAGGCUGGGAAAACGGAACGGGUCAAGAGGAGCAGGGUGGUGGCUGCAAAAACCGAGUCUACAAGAUCACUUCAAGAAAAGAGACGAGCAGCACAGAGACAACAGACGAGUACGACAGGCUCGGUGCGCUCCAUGACUACAUCUUCUCUGAGGCCUGUGAGGUCUGCGGUUCCUGCUCAUGCAAAACAAUCGAGCUCCAAGCCAGCUUCAAGAGCCGCUCCGUCUCUGAAGUCCUCCGGUGCCCGGUCUGUGAAAACUGCAAGAGUUGUUGCUGUGGCUCAGUCAAAGCUGACCUUUAUAAAGCCCGUGCAGACAGCUAUACCCAGACACCCGAUGCCGUUUGCUGCUAAAAACAUGUUCUAUGAUGAGAGGUGGAUCGAGAAGCAGGAGAGAGGGUUCACCUGGUGGAUCAACUACGUCCUCACCCCUGAUGACUUUAAAGUCAACACUGAAGUCAAAGUGAAUGCUGUGUCCAUCGCCAUGGGCAGCGAUGACAAGUACAGUGUCCCUAAAGCCCCCACCAAAGAGGAGAUGUCCUUCAGCACCUACACGGCCCGACGCAAGCUCAACCGCCUCCGACGUUCUGCCUGCCAGCUGUUCACAUCAGAGGUCAUGGUCAAAGCUAUUCAGAGGCUGGAGGUAGAGGUGGAGGCCAGGAGGCUGCUCGUCCGUAAGGACCGCCAUCUCUGGAAGGACAUAGGUGAACGGAGAAAAGUCCUCAACUGGCUUCUGUCGUACAAUCCGCUGUGGUUACGGAUUGGACUCGAGACGAUCUACGGCGAGAUGAUCUCACUGGAGAGCAACAGUGACGCUUUAGGGCUGGCCAUGUUCAUCCUCCAGCGGCUGCUGUGGAAUCCGGACAUCGCUGCAGAGUACAGACAUGCCAAAGUGCCUCACCUUUACAAAGAUGGCCACGAGGAGGCGCUGUCCCGCUUCACUCUGAAGAAGCUGCUCCUGUUGGUGUGCUUCCUGGAUAGAGCUAAAGAGUCUCGGCUGAUCGAGCACAACCCCUGUCUGUUCUGUCUGGACGCAGAGUUCAAGACCAGUAAAGACCUGCUCCUGGCCUUCUCCAGGGACUUCCUGAGCGGGGAGGGGAUCCUCCCCCGGCACCUCGGCUACCUCGGGCUGCCCGUCUCUCACGUCCAGAUGCCCCUGGACGAGUUCAACUUCGCUGUAAAGAAUUUGGCUGUCGACUUGAAAUGUGGCAUUCGUCUAGUCCGUGUGAUGGAGCUCCUCAUCCAGGACUGGAGUGUAUCGUCCAAACUUCGUCUGCCGGCCAUCAGCCGCCUCCAGAAAGUCCACAACGUUGACCUGGCUUUGCAGGUGCUGAAAAGCAAAGAAGUCGAUCUCAAGGAUGAGCACGGGGGCGCCAUUGAUGCCAGAGAUAUCGUAGAUGGACACAGAGAGAAAACUCUGAGCCUCCUGUGGAAAAUCAUCUUUGCAUUUCAUGUGGAGGUGGUUUUGAACGAGGAUCAGCUGAGGGAGGAAAUCGGCUUCCUGACAAGUAGCUUUAGGACAAAACGGAGGCUAGCGUCUCUUAAAGCUGACCGAGGCUUUCAGCCGAGUCCUGCACAGUCCCGUGCAGCGUACGACCACAGCAGCACGAAGAUCACACUGCUGAUGGAGUGGGUCAGAGCCGUGUGCGAUUUCUACACCCUGAAGGUGGAGAACUUCACCGUAACGUUCUCGGAUGGCCGCGUCCUCUGCUACCUCAUCCACCACUACCACCCCGGCCUCCUGCCUGAGCAGGCCGUCAGUCACUGCACAACUCAGACUGUCGAGUGCUCACAGAGGGGACGCGUGGAGCUCGAUUGCUCCGCCAGCGACUCAGACAACUCCUUUGACCUCCCACCAACAGGCUGGAGCGGCCCUGCCUCUCCUUCUGUGGAAUUCAAAGAGCUGCUGGAGAAUGAGAAAAACAACUUUAGGAUGGUGAACACGGCCGUGUCUUUCCUGGGCGGAGUCCCCGCCAUGAUCAACCCGGCUGACAUGUCCAACACCAUCCCCAACGAGAAGGUGGUCAUGUCUUACCUUUCCUUCCUGUGUGCUCGCCUUCUGGACCUAAGGAACGAGACCAGAGCAGCUCGGGUCAUCCAGGGCGCCUGGAGGAAGUACAGACUGAAGAAAGAUCUUCAGCUCUACAAAGAAAGAAACAUGGCUGCUGCAAAAAUCCAGCUACUCGUGAGGAGUUUUCUGCAGAAGCGCAGAGCUCAGCGGCAAAAUCAAGCUGCUGCUAUUAUCCAGUCAGUGUGGAGAGGUUACGCCGCUCGCCACAGGAUGAGGCUGGAAAAAGAGGCUCAGCUUCGGGCUCUGAGACACAAAGCAGCGACUGUCAUCCAGACUCAGUGGAGGAUGUUUUCUGUCAUGAGGGCUUACCAGCGCCUCAGAUACUACACCAUUGUUGUCCAAGCACAAUGGCGAAUGAGGAGCGCAGCCUGUGAGUACGCAAGAAUCUACUGGGCAGUGACGGUCAUUCAGAAGCACUCCCGAGCGUGGGCUCUUGCGAAAAAAGAUCAGGAACAUUAUCUCUCCCUUAAAGCUGCAGCCAUGAAAAUCCAGAGAGGGUACAGGAGAUGGAAAACGGAGAAAACGGAGAAGGAAAAUCAUGCUGCCAAAGUGAUACAAGCUGCGUUCAAGAAGUGGUACAAGGGGAAAAUGGCUGGAAAAAACGCUGCUGCUGUUAGGAUUCAGUCUUGGUACAGGAUGCUGACAUGUCUCCAUCAAUAUAGAAAGAUCAAAAGAAGCGCUGUGCUCCUUCAAGCCAAAUACAGAGGCCUUGCACAGAGACGCUGCUUUCAGGAGUUGAAGCUGCAGCACCACUCUGCCGCUGUCAUUCAGAGUGCGUUCAGAGGGCAUGCUGUCAGAAAACAGGUGGCAAGGAUUAGACAUGCUGCAGUCAUAAUCCAGUGUUGGUUCAGGGCCUCUGUGAAGAGAGACACGGAGAGGCAAAUGUUUGUGAGGAUGAGAUGUGCUGCCAUCACCAUACAGGCGGCUUACCGCGGGAAAGUGGCUCGAGCGUCCCUGAAAACCCGGCACCAGGCAGCCACAGUGAUCCAGGCAGCUUUUAGGAAACAUGCAGCCCAAAGGUGCUAUCUUGGUUUGAGAAGAGCUGCAUUCAUGAUACAGCAAAAGUACAGAGCUACAGUCUUGGCUCAUAAGAUGAAGAAGGAUUAUGACACUCUCAGGAAUGCUGCACUCACUGUACAAGCCAGCUGGAGAGGUAGAGCUGUCAGGAAGAGGAUUGAGGAGUGGCAUCGCUCUGCAACACUGAUACAAGCUUACUACCGGCGACACAAAGCAAAUACAGAGUACAGGUCCAAGAAGGCAGCUGCUCUGGUCAUACAGCGUCACUACAAAGCUUAUGUGACUGCACAGGAAACACGUGAAGCAUACCUGCAAACGAGAGCAGCCUGUGUUACCCUCCAAGCUGGAUUCAGAGGCAUGAGAGUUAGGAGAGAGUUGGAGACAAAGCACCUUUCAGCGACUGUUAUUCAGUCUUCAGUCAGGAUGUUUUUAUGUAGGAAACGAUAUGUCCUCCUGCAAAGUGCGGCAAUCGUCAUCCAGAGCCGAUACCGAGCUCUCCUGGUCUGCAGGGCACAGCAAAAGGAAUACAAAGAGUUAAAGCAGGCAGCUUUAAAGAUACAGGCCUUCUACAAGGGGUUCAGAGUGAGACGAGACCUGAAGAAGUGGCACAAUGCCACCCGAGCAAUCCAAGCUCAGUUCAGGAUGCACAGAAUGCGAAUGGCAUACCUUGCCACCAAGUGUGCUGCCAUCAUCGUUCAAGAGCGGUACAGAGCCAAGUUGCUCAGGAAUCAAGAGAUGCACAGAUUCAGAGCAAUGAAGUCUGCAGCUGUCAUCAUUCAGGCAGCAUAUCGAGGCCAGGCGACCAGGAAGAAGAUUGCAGAGAUGCAUCAGGCAGCUACAAUCAUUCAGAGACAGUUCUUCACCACUCGGGACAGACAGAGGUUCCUAGCACUCAAGGCAGCAGCUUUGGUCUGUCAGCGCAGGUACAGAGCAGCGACCGUGGCAAGACAAGAUCGUUUAGACUAUCUGUCACAGCGCAGUGCUGUGGUUUGUUUACAGGCAGCCUACAGAGGAUGGCAGGUCAGGAAAGAGUUGGGUAUCCAGAAUGCUGCAGCCACAGUAAUUCAGUCUCACUUCAGGAAAUACCAGCAGAGAAGCUCUUACAGGAGGGUCCUCUGGGCUGCAACUGUGCUGCAAGCACGUUACAGAGCAAUCAAGACGAUGAGAGUAGAGAUGCAAGCUCUGAAAGCCCAGAAAAAUGCUGCCGUCGUCUUACAGGCAGCCUACCGUGGAAUGAAGUCCAGGCAAGCCAUUAAACAAAAGCACAAGGUGGCUGGUGUCAUCCAGAGAGCUUACAGAGCUCACCGUGAACACAAGCAGUAUCUGACCCUCAAAUCCUCUGCCAUCACAAUCCAGCGGAGGUAUCGAGCUACUACUGCUGCUAAAGAACAAGCACAAAAAUACAAAAAAAAGCGCCAGGCUGUUAUUGUCCUUCAGGCAGCUUUCAGAGGACAGCAAGUGAGGACGGAAGUCACUCGUUGGCAUCAGGCUGCAGCUGUAAUACAGUCAAUGUUCAAAAAACACAGAGAGGAAGUAAAAUUCAAGGCCAUGCGCCUGUCUGCGAUUAUCAUCCAGAGAUACUAUCGGGCCUGUCUUCUGCAAAGGCAUGAGAAGCAAAGGUUUCUUAAAAUUAAACAUUCUACCGUCGUCUUGCAGGCAGCAUUCAGAGGUCAUCUUGUGCGAAGCAGUAUUGCUAAAAUGCACGGCGCAGCCACUGUCAUCCAAGCCAACUUCAGGAGACAUCAAGGUCAGUCAGCCUUCAGGCGACAACGCUGGGCAGCAUGUGUCCUGCAGCAGAGAUUUAGAGCUCAGAGACAGAGGAAUGUUGAGGUAAAACAUUAUCAAGAGGUUAGGAAAGCUACUGUGACUUUACAAUCUGCAUACAGAGGAAUGAAAUCAAGACAGAUCAUCAAACAAAAGCAUCAGGCUGCCAAUAUUAUUCAGAGAGCUUACAGAGCUCACUUUGAACACAAGCAUUACCUGAUAUUACGAUCCUCAGUUCUCACUAUCCAGCAGAGAUAUCGUGCCACUGUGGCUGCAAGGUCACAAAGAAGCCAAUAUCUAAAAAUGCGCCGUGCUGCCAUCAUGUUACAGGCAACCUUCAGAGGACAGCAGGUCAGGAAGGAGGUCACUCGUAUGCAUCAGGCUGCAACUGUUAUACAGUCAGUAUACAGAAAACACAGAGAGGAAGUCAAAUUCAGGGCAAUGCGUCUGUCUGCGAUCAUCAUCCAGAGAUACUAUCGGGCCUGUCUUCUGCGAAAUAAAGACAGAGAGAGCUUUCUCAAUAUUAAAAACUCAACUGUUGUCUUGCAGGCAGCGUUCAGAGGUUUCCAUGUGCGAAGCAGCGUUGCUAAGAUGCACAGAGCAGCUACUGUCAUUCAGGCAAACUUUAAGAGGCACAAACAUCAGUCAGCCUUCAGGAGACAGCACUGGGCAGCAUGUGUCCUUCAGCAGAGGUUUAGAGCUCAGAGACAGAGGAAUGUUGAGGUCAAACAUUAUCAAGAGGUUAGGAAAGCUACUUUGACUUUACAAUCUGCAUACAGAGGAAUGAAAUCAAGACAGAUCAUCAAACAAAAGCAUCAGGCUGCCAAUAUUAUUCAGAGAGCUUACAGAGCUCACUUUGAACACAAGCAUUACCUGAUAUUACGAUCCUCAGUUCUCACUAUCCAGCAGAGAUAUCGUGCCACUGUGGCUGCAAGGUCACAAAGAAGCCAGUAUCUAAAAAUGUGCUGUGCUGCCAUCAUGUUACAGGCAACUUUCAGAGGACAGCAGGUCAGGAAGGAGGUCACUCGUAUGCAUCAGGCUGCAACUAUUAUACAGUCAGUAUACAGAAAACACAGAGAGGAAGUCAAAUUCAAGGCAAUGCGCCUGUCUGCGAUCAUCAUCCAGAGAUACUAUCGGGCCUGUCUUCUGCAAAGGAACGACAGAGAGAGCUUUCUGAAAAUUAAACAAUCAGCCAUCGUCUUGCAGGCAGCGUUCAGAGGUUUCCAUGUGCGAAGCAGCAUUGCUAAAAUGCACAAAGCAGCCACUGUCAUUCAGACAAACUUUAAGAGGCACAAACAUCAGUCAGCCUUCAGGAGACAGUGCUGGGCAGCAUCUGUCCUGCAGCAAAGGUUUAGAGCUCAGAGACAGAGGAAUGAUGAGGUCAAACAUUAUCAAGACUUUAGGAAAGCUGCUGUAACUUUACAAUCUGCCUACAGAGGAAUGAAAUCAAGACAGAUCAUCAAACAAAAGCAUCAAGCUGCCAAUAUUAUCCAGAGAGCUUACAGAGCUUACUAUGAGCGCAGGCAGUAUCUGAAGCUGAAAUUGUCUGUUAUAACUGUUCAGCAAAGAUAUCGAGCCACUGUAGCUGCAAAAGCACAGAGAUCACGAUAUCUAGACAUUCACAGAGCUGCUGUUGUCCUUCAGGCAGCUUUCAGGGGACAGCAGGUCAGGAAGGAAGUUGCUUGUUGGCACCAGGCUGCAACUAUCAUACAGUCAGUGUUCAGAAAACACAGAGAGGAGGUUAAAUUCAAGGCCAUGUGCUUGUCUGCGAUCAUUAUCCAGAGAUACUAUCGAGCCUGUAUUCUGCUAAGGAAAGACAGAGCAAACUUUCUGAAAAUGAGACACUCUGCCAUCAUACUUCAGGCAGCGUUCAGAGGUCAUCAUGUCCGGAGCAGUGUUGAUAAGAUGCACAGAGCAGCCACUGUCAUUCAAGCCAACUUCAGGAGACAUCAAGUUCAGUCAGCCUUCAGGAGACAACGCUGGGCCGCAUGUGUCCUCCAGCAGAGGUUUAGAGCUCAGACACAGAGGAAUGAUGAGUUCAGACAUUAUCAAGAGGUUAGGAGAGCGGUGACUGUGUUACAGGCGGCAUAUCGUGGAAUGAAAUCAAGACAACUCAUCAAACAAGAACAUCAGGCUGCUGGCAUCAUCCAGAGAGCUUACCGAGCCCACUUUGAACACAAGCAGUAUCUGACCUUAAAAUCCUCUGUCCUCACCGUCCAGCGGAGAUAUCGUGCAAACAAAGCAGCUAAAGAACAAAUGCAAAAAUACCAAAACAUGUGCAGAGCUGCUGUUGUCCUUCAGGCAGCUUUUAGAGGCCAGCAGGUGAGGAAGCAGGUUUUACUCCAGCAUCAAGCUGCAGCUGUUAUCCAGUCUGUGUUCAGGAGACACAGAGAGGAAGUCAAAUAUCAGGCCUUGCGCCUGUCUGCGAUCAUCAUCCAGAGAUACUAUCGCUCCUGUGUGAUGAAGAGAAGAGACAGAGAAAACUUUGUAAGCAUAAAAAAAUCCACCGUCAUCCUUCAGGCAGCCUUUAGAGGCUGGGCUGUCAGGAGGGACAUCAACAGACAACAGCAGGCUGCUGCUGUUAUCCAGUCGUGCUGGAGAUGUUAUGUGCAAAAGUGCGACUUCCAAAGAAAGAGAGAGGCAGCUUUGACUCUCCAGCGGAGGGUUCGAGCGUGGCAGCGAGGCAGGAUGGAGAGGAACUACUACACCCGUGUCAAGAGAGCUGCUGUCAUACUUCAGAUACACUGUCGAGCCUGGAUUGCAAGACGACAGGCACUAGAGGAAGCCAAAGCAGAGAGGAGACUCCGCUUUACAUCCGCUGUUUUCCACCAUCUCAGUGCCGUUAAGAUCCAAAGAGCUCUGAGAGCCCACUGGGCCUUAGAGUCAGCCAAGAGACAAAUCCACUCUGUCCUCACCAUACAGCGGUGGGUGAGAGCGAGGCAGCAGAGGAGCCGGUAUCUGGAGGACAGGAGGAAGGUGAUCACUGCCCAGAGAGCAGCUAAGCGCUGGUUAGCACGUCGUCAUACAGCUGCGUCUGUCAUCCAGCAGGCUGUCCACAGAUUCCUCCUCCUCAGAAGGCAGAAGAGGGUUCAGCGGGGAAUUGUCAAAGCUCAGGCUCUUUGGAGAGGACACCGCUCCCGCCGCCUGAAUGACAACCCUAAGGUGGUGACGUUGAGACACCGCCUACGUAAAGUCUCCGCUGACGUCAAAGAGGAGGAUAAACUCUGCAACAAGACGUCAUCCGCCCUGGAAUACUUACUCCGAUACAAACACUUUUCCUACAUCCUAGAGGCCCUGAAAAACCUCGAGACCGCCACCAGACUGUCUCCAGAGUGCUGCGAGCGGCUGGUUGAGAGCGGUGCCACCAACGUCAUCUUCACUCUCAUCCGCUGCUGCAACAGGAGCGUCCCCUGCAUGGACGUCAUCACCUACUCCAUCCAGAUUCUCCUCAACCUAUCCAAGUACCACAAGACCAUUGAUGCGGUGUAUUCAGUGGAAAACUCAGUGGAGACGCUGCUGGACCUGCUGCAGAGGUACCGGGAGAAGGCAGGAGAUAAAGUGGCCGAAAAGGGCGGCAGCAUCUUCACCAAGGCCUGCUUCCUUCUCGCCCUGCUGCUGCAAGACAAACAUCGCACUGUGGAGGUUAUGAAGCUUCCCAAAGUCUUGGACAAGAUACGCAGUAUUUACCGCCUCACUGCACGCAAACACAAGAUGGAUGCAGAAAGAACCGUCCUCAAACAGAAGAUGAAUGCGUCCAUCAACGGGAGCUUCUACGUUCAAGCAACGCCUCGCAAAUCCAAACCCACACCAAAAUUUGCACCAGAUUGGGUUCUCAGAAAAGACAAGCUCAAAGAUAUUGUGGAUCCGCUCAGGGCCAUUCAGAUGGUUGCAAACGCACUGUCCAUUGUGUUGUAAAUAUUCAAGCUUUUAAAUCUCGACUCUUCUCUUUUUUUUAGCAGAAAAUAUAUUUCAAUGUUUUGUUUUCAGGGUUUUUCUUACUGAUUCAAUUCCAUGUGUUACCUGUAAAUAUUAAAAUGGAUUUGUUUCUUACACUUG